GGCGGCGGGGGCGGGUCCGGGGGGGGCCGGUCCUGCCGGUGCCGCCCCGCCGGUCACGUAGCUCUGCGGCAGCGCAGCCCCAUUUACCGCGGGAGCGGAGCGCACAGCCCGCAGUCCUCGCCGCCGCCCGCACGCCACCAUGACGCACCAAUACCCCGCGCUGACGGCCGAGCAGAAGAAGGAGCUGUCGGAUAUCGCCCUCCGCAUCGUGGCUCCGGGCAAGGGCAUCUUGGCCGCCGAUGAAUCCGUAGGGAGCAUGGCAAAGCGCCUCAACCAGAUUGGGGUGGAGAACACGGAGGAGAACCGCCGGCUGUACCGCCAGAUCCUCUUCAGCGCCGACAGCCGGGUGAAGAAAUGCAUCGGGGGUGUCAUCUUCUUCCACGAGACCAUGUACCAGAAGGCUGAUGAUGGCACUCCCUUCGUCCAGAUGAUCAAGGACAAGGGCAUCGUCGUGGGCAUCAAGGUGGACAAAGGUGUUGUGCCACUGGCUGGGACGGAUGGCGAGACCACCACACAGGGUCUGGAUGGGCUGUCGGAGCGCUGUGCCCAGUACAAGAAGGAUGGGGCCGACUUUGCCAAGUGGCGCUGCGUGCUGAAGAUCAGCGACAACACCCCAUCUGCGCUUGCCAUCAUGGAGAACGCCAACGUCCUGGCCCGCUAUGCCAGCAUCUGCCAGCAGAACGGCAUUGUGCCCAUCGUGGAGCCGGAGAUCCUGCCCGAUGGUGACCAUGACCUCAAGCGGUGCCAGUACGUGACGGAGAAGGUGCUGGCAGCUGUCUACAAGGCACUAAGUGACCACCACGUCUACCUGGAGGGGACCCUGCUGAAGCCCAACAUGGUGACCCCUGGGCACUCCUGCCCCACCAAGUAUAGCCCUGAGGAGAUCGCCAUGGCCACUGUCACCGCCCUGCGCCGCACCGUGCCCCCGGCCGUGCCAGGUGUCACCUUCCUGUCUGGGGGUCAGAGUGAGGAGGAGGCUUCCAUCAACCUCAACGCCAUCAACACGUGCCCGCUGAUGCGGCCGUGGGCCCUCACCUUCUCUUACGGGCGGGCACUGCAGGCAUCAGCACUCAACGCCUGGCGUGGGCAGAGGGACAACGCUGACGCCGCCACCGAGGAGUUUGUCAAGCGCGCAGAGGUGAACGGGCUGGCAGCACUGGGCAAGUACGAGGGCAGCGGGGACGACUCGGGGGCAGCCGGGCAGUCCCUCUACGUGGCCAACCACGCGUACUGAGCCCCAGCUGGGCGCCCCCGGCCCCCCCAGCCCCCUCCCUGCCACCGCUCACACCCUGCUUCCACCCCAGCCACCCAGGGGAGCCGCCGCGCGGAGGGCGAGGGGAGCGCGCCCCGCCGGCCAGCCCCACGCUGCACGACAGUUGGAGAGGGGGGCAGGUUUCUGACCCCCAAAAGGAGCCCCCCUGGGUGCCCCUGUGGUGGUGGGGGCUCUGGGCAGGCUGUCAGGAGGGCAGGAGGGGAGGUCUGGGGGUGCCCCUGCUCUGCCGUAGCUUCGCAGUCCAAGUUGCUGCCGCCCUUGGGGCGCCUGUGUUGUGUUUGCCGUGUGCACCCCGUGUACCAAAUAGCCUAACAACGAAUAAACGGUA